GACGCGCGCGCGCUCAGAGUGAACGCGAUAUCGUUUCUUUAUAGUUAUCGUUCCUGUGUGAACGGGGCUCUGUCGCUGUGUGAUCGGAGGAUGGGGUGCAGAUGUUUGAGGAGAAUCAGUGCCACGUCUGAAGAAGGGCGGAGCGAACGAGGACGCGACGCGACGCGACGCCCUUCAUCUUCACAUUCACACUCUGCGUGAGAUCAGCGCUGUAUCGACUCCUCAACGCGCUCAAACUUCAGCAAACGCCUCUUGCGUUCCUCUAGGGACUCUGAACGGCCCAUGUGCGAGUUUGUGAAGAACUGAAGUUAGUUCUUCUAGAAGUUCCAGUUCUUGUGACACAACCCGAACGCAACGCGAGCAUCGGAACGCAUCUGGACGCAGGGAACGAUGGCCGCGAAGAACAGAAACAAGAGCAGCUCGCAGCCGAGUAAUAGCGAUAAGACGCCCGCCAGCGCGCAGCCCGACGACGCGCCGAGGAGCAGGAGCGCGCAGAGAGCCGCGGGCGCGCAGAGUAACAACGCGUCGGGCUCGCCCGCGCUGCUCAAGCUCGUGUCCGCGCUGUGUUACCUGGGCUUCGUGGCGGGCACCGUGAUCGUGUCCGUGACCUUCUACCACGAGCUGUCCGAGAUCAAGCUCGCGAGCUCCAGACACGAGGAGAGCGUGCAGAGGAGCGCCGACGCGCGGCAGCAGAUCCGGUCUAUGCAGGCGUCUCUGGAGGCUCUGGAGAGCGCGGUGCUCGGCGUCAGGACUGAUCUGGAGCGCACCGUCCGAGCCGCGCAGGAAGGAGAGGACAACACCCGGCGGCUGGAGCACUCGCUCCAGAACCUCCGGAGCCAGAUCUCCCAGGAGCUGACGCAGACCGUGCGGGAGGUGAAGGAGGCGCGGGACACGGACGCGUCAUCCCUGGAGGAGCGCCUGUCCCAGCUGAGCCGCUCCACGGCCGAGUCCUCCGUCCAGCAGAGCCGGCUCCGGAGCGAGCUGCAGGAGCUCAGGACCCGUCUGGACAAGCAGGACGCUCCGCCGCUCCUCAAGAAGGAGCUGGAGGCCCUCAGCAGCGCCGUGGCCACGCUCCACACCGCCAGCGAGGUGUCCGAGGGGAACACGGCCGUGCUGCGCGAGCAGAUCACAGCGGUGAGCGCCGAGCAGCAGACCAGGAACAGGGAGGUGGCGUCCGUGUCCGAGGACGUGGAGGCCGUGAGGACGCUGCUGCAGAGCACCGCAGGGAGCCUGAGGGACGAGGUGUCCGCGGCUCGAGCUGCCGCGCAGAGCGCCUCGGACCAGACACAGAGCCUCAGCGACCGGCUGGAGCAGACCAGCACCGCCCUCCGGAGCCUGGAGACGCACACCAGAGACCAGCUGCUGCAGCUGGAGAAGCACAGAGAGGACGCCGAGGUCCGGCUGAAGAGUGUGGAGGAGGGCCACGAGGUCAUGCAGUCCUCGCUGACGGAGCAGACCAGCAGACUGAGCGCUCUCGCGGCCGAGCACGAGUCCCAGCGGCGCUCGCUGGGUGAUUACAAGACGAGCGCAGAGACACAGAGCCAGGCGCUGAGGGACGGACUGGACGCCUUGACGAGCCGCCUGGAGCAGCUGCAGACACAAGUAUCUGAACUGGACGCUGGUCAAGAGGAAGAGCCAGGCGAUGCAAUAUAAAUAUCACUCAGUGAGCCUGAGAUGAGCUGCUGGAGGCUGAAGCGAUGAAUGGGUGCACUGCUGUCUCCUCAGUCGACACACAACUGCACUGUAGUUCACAGCCGCUCAGAGGUGUGCAGGGCUAUCGGUCAUUCUCUCUCUGAACGCAUCACACUUGUAGCGGUUUUCCAAUAAAAUAUUUCCACACUA